AUGAAGUUAAUUAUCUCUAAGAAAAAAGUGAGGGAUGAUGGCCCCUCCACCUCUGAUGCCAGGCCCUACAGGGCCCUUACUAAGAAGAAAAAGCGGGCAUACACAGAGGAGCUCACUGCUGAGAGCGAUUCUUCCCAGUCCAGUGACGACGAUGUGCAGGAAUUGCUGCGUCAGAACCGCAUCCUGCAGCGUCGCCUGGCUAGGGCUAAGGAGCGCUUAGAUAAGUCUAAAUCCCCUUGUUGACGCUCCCGCGAGGGUAGGCGUAGGCAUAGGUCACCGGUUUCGAGUUCAUCAGACAGCUCCUCCAGCCCUGAUUCGCGCAGAACACGUCGCAGGAAGAAGAGGUCUUGCAGAUCGAGGAAGCAUGGGCGUACGUGCAGGAGGGACUCUUCUGAUUCUUCAGAUCUUUCAGGUACGUGUGAUUCCUCCUGUGGCGAGUCGGAAGAACGGUGCAAAGGGUACUGGGUUACUACCCACAAGGCCCCUGGCCUGCCUAGUUGGAUUUGGGAAUGUCGCACCCGGCGCCAUCGCCGUGCCUUUGGGGCCAAGGAACCAUGUGGGGAGGAUGGGCUUGAUGCAAAAGGGCAGGUGCGGGCAUCUAACUUCAAGACCACAGAUCAGCCUCCUGGCAUCCGGCUUAAAAAGAAUAUACGCAACCGCAUUCUAAAUGGGGAAUUUGUGGACUUGUUUGCCCUGCUCUCCCCAGCUUAUUCUUGUAGUUCCAAGUUUAAGCCUGAAUCACGUCGCAAGAAGGAGAAGGCAGUGGAUAUAGAUAGAACUUUUGACAAUUGGCUAGCUGCUUUCGCCUCUUACAUGGGUUUGGUGGCCACUGCUUACCCAGAUAGGCCUUGGCACUUGGCUAACUAUCUGGGCAUUAUCUUAAAGGCCAAAAAAAUGGCAGGGGACUCAGCGGCUUUGGCUUACGAUGAGCUGUUCCGUGAGAGGGCUGCUGAAGAACCCACGGCCCGUUGGAACAUCAAGGAUAAUGAUCUUUGGUCCGAAGUAGUGGCCCCAAACUUCCAAAAAAGGGCUUUUGGGGAGAAGUCAG